AUACUGCAGCGAAGAAGACUGGCUUCUUUAAAUUCAGUAGUAAAUCACCUGUACGCUUGUACAUCGUUCGGAGGGCCGUUAUUUCCACCUUUCAGCCGUGGUUCCCCUAUUCGAUUGCUGUUUCUAUCAAGUUCCUACAUCAUGUCCAUUGUCAAGAUCCACGCCCGAGAGAUCUUUGACUCUCGUGGAAACCCCACCGUAGAGGUCGACCUUCACACUGACAAAGGCUUGUUCAGGGCAGCUGUACCCAGCGGAGCAUCUACCGGAAUCUACGAGGCCUUGGAGCUCAGGGACAAUGACAAGUCCCGCUACCUUGGAAAAGGAGUCUCUCAGGCUGUAGAACACAUCAAUUCAACUAUUGCACCCGCACUCGUUGGCCAAGAUGUAUCUGUGGUUGAGCAAGAGAGAAUUGACCAGAUGAUGAUUGACUUGGACGGCACAGAAAACAAAUCCAAAUUUGGGGCCAACGCCAUCCUGGGCGUCUCCCUAGCUGUUUGCAAAGCUGGUGCAGCAGAGAAAGGUGUCCCCCUGUAUCGUCACAUUGCUGACCUAGCCGGAAACCAGGAGGUCAUCUUGCCUGUGCCGGCCUUCAACGUGAUCAACGGUGGCUCGCAUGCAGGCAACAAACUUGCCAUGCAGGAGUUCAUGAUCCUGCCCAUUGGCGCGAGCACCUUCAAAGAAGCCAUGCGCAUCGGAGCAGAGGUCUACCACAAUCUCAAAAACGUCAUCAAGAAGAAAUACGGUCAGGAUGCCACUAAUGUGGGUGAUGAAGGUGGCUUUGCUCCAAACAUCCUUGAGAACAAGGAAGCACUGGAGUUGAUCAAGGAGGCAAUCGCCAAAGCAGGAUACGCCGAUGAGGUCGUGAUCGGCAUGGAUGUGGCUGCAUCCGAAUUCUACAGGGAGGGAAAGUACGACCUGGACUUCAAGUCUCCUGACGACGCGAGCCGUUACAUCACUCCCGACGAGCUGUCCGAGCUCUACAAGAGCUUUGUGAAGGAUUAUCCAGUGGUUUCCAUCGAGGAUCCCUUUGACCAGGACGACUGGACGGCCUGGACCAACUUCACAGGAAGCAUCGACAUCCAGGUGGUUGGAGACGACCUCACGGUGACCAACCCUAAUCGCAUCAGCAAGGCCGUGGAGGAGAAGGCCUGCAACUGCCUGCUGCUUAAAGUCAAUCAGAUUGGCACGGUCACAGAGUCCAUGCGAGCGUGUAAGAUGGCUCAGGAGAGCGGUUGGGGUGUGAUGGUCAGCCAUCGCUCGGGUGAAACUGAGGACACCUUCAUAGCUGAUUUGGUGGUCGGCCUGUGCACUGGACAGAUCAAGACGGGGGCCCCCUGUCGCUCUGAGCGUUUGGCCAAAUACAACCAGAUUCUGAGAAUCGAGGAGGAGCUGGGAGAAAAGGCUGUUUUUGCUGGAAAAAACUUCAGAAAACCAUUGUCUGCAUAAAUGAUCAAGCAUUUACUUCAACUGGAAAUGGGAUUCAUGCUCUCAAAAUCCAUAAGAAUACAUUGGACAGCUUAUCAAAACAAUGACUGAUAAUGCUGAGCUACUUGGUGUGGUGUAAUUUUAUAGAACAAACUUACUGUAGUUGCUUAAUUUGUAACACUACUAUAAAGUAUUCUAACAUGUGGAGUAAAAUGGAUCUAAUCAUCACAGCAGCACUUUAAUAUGGUUAAUAAAAAGCUUUUCUCAAUGGCA